AGGAAGUCGACAACAAAGUUGCGAAGAGGGGAGGAAGCCUCGCGAGGGAUUCUCCGUCUUUCCUUCUCGCCGCACCUCCGUCGUCGCCGCUUCCUCGAGAUUCAUAUUGAUUUUCUCGAAGAAGUGAAUUGACCAUUUGAUCAAUUGUGCCUUUCACAUUCGCAUAAGAUGCACUUCCUUGCAUCAUUUCACGGAUGUGCAGGUUUCAAGUUGUUCUUAUAUAGUAUUGAAUGGACUGCAAAAAGUUCUUGCAAUUGGUUGAAGAUAAGAAGAAGAGAAUUCUGGAUAGGAAAGAGGCCCCCUUGAAAUGGGAGCAGAAACUAGAAGCUGGUGCUAUGGCAAAGGCUGAUGCAGAAGCAAGGGAGAGGAAAGUAAAGGCUUCAACAAAGCACAAAAGAAGGUCCUAUUCUGAAUCACACAGUGACAGUGAUUCUGACAGCGGUUCCUCCGAUCGGAAGCAUAGAAAAAGAAGAGUUCACAAGAAGCACAGGAUGCAUGGCAAGUCUGAUGCAGAAGGUGGUGGGAAAAGGAAACACAGAUCCAACAAAAGGAACUCAAGCUCUAGUGAUGAAGAUAGCGGUGAGGAUGAUUCAUGUAGGAAGAGGCACACUCACAGGAGGAAGCAUAGACGGUCGUCCACAAGGGACUCCAGCAGCACAAGCAGCGAAGAUGAUGAAAAAAGAUCUAAUAGGAAAAGUCAUUCUAAGCACCACAAGUGCCAUCAUCAGUCAGGUGAUGAAGAUUCUAGUUCGGACUCUAAAAUAAGGAAAAGAAGUUCAAGGCACCGGCGGCAACGCAGGUCAAGUGCUGAAGUAUCAUCUGAUUAUGACGAUUACAAACACAAUAGGGGUUCUUCCCUAGACAAAUCAUCAGAUGGAGAGUAUGAGACUGGGAAGCCAAGGGAUAACAAAAAGUCUCAUCAUAAGCAUGGGCACCACCUUCACCACCGCAGUGACCACCACAAACAUGGCCAUAAUCAUAUUCCAGUGGAGCCAGAUAUGGUUGUUGGGACAAAUGGAGCUAGCAAAAAUUAGAUUUUUUUAAGCAAUUGAUAGCAGCAUCCAUGUAAACUUGAUCCCCCGCUAAAUUACUGAUUGUUGACUUAUUGAUUAUUUAUGGCUUUCA